CUACAUGCAGUCCCACUGCGAUGUCCCCUCGGACAGGGACCGAUAUGUGCGGGAGCUCAUGAAAUACAUCCAGGUUGACUCCUAUGGGAAAUGCCUGCAUAACCGUGAGCUUCCCAGUGAGCGACUGAAAGACACUUCUACAGCCACUACAGAAGAUUCUGAAUUCAUGACCUUCAUUGCCAGGUACAAGUUUCACCUGGCCUUGGAAAACGCCAUAUGUAACGACUACAUGACAGAGAAACUGUGGCGUCCAAUGCAUUUGGGUGCUGUCCCUGUAUACCGAGGCUCCCCAGCUGUGCGGGACUGGAUGCCAAACAACCUCUCCAUCAUUCUCAUUGAUGACUUUGACAGCCCUCAAGAGCUAGCAAAGUAUCUUGACUUCCUGGACAAGAACGGAGAGGAAUAUAUGAAAUAUCUAGAGUAUAAAAAACCUGAUGGAAUCAAAAACCAGUUCUUGCUAGAGAGCUUGGAGAGGCGGGAGUGGGGUGUGAAUGACAUGACUUUGCCCAAUUACCUGAAUGGCUUUGAGUGUUUCAUCUGUGACAGCGAGAAUACCCGAGUCAAAGAGGAGCAGGAGCACAAAAAGUCUCGUGGGAAAUUUCCAGCUCCCAGACCUCGCAUCGCUCACUUCAAGCAUAUGGGUUGUCCUAUGCCGACUCCUGGGUUUGGAAGUGUUGAAGAGCUCUCUGGAGGAGACAGUUGGAAAGAGAUGUGGCUGCAGGAUUAUUGGCAAAGUCUUGAUCAGGGUGAAGCUCUCACUGCUAUGAUUCAUCGCAAUGAGUCGCACCAGGGAAGAUUUUGGGAUUACAUGCACGAGAUUUUUCUCAAGAGGACCAGGCAACACUGAUCUUUGGAAAAGUUUGACUUGAAAAUUGUGAGGGUAAGAAUUCUUACCUCACUCCAAAUAUUUGCCUUGAAAUAGAACAAAAACUAUUUCAGAGACUAUUUUUCUGGUGCAUGAAAUGAGUAGUCUCUGUUGUGAUUGGAUUUCAGCUGUGCAGAUGUUAUUCACUGCAGGUCAGGAGUAGCUUCAUACUGCUGAGCAGAUGUCAACAUCUGAGGCAAAAGAAGAAUUUACUGUCCUUGUGCAUUUGGUAUAUACUUCCCUGUGGCUUAUGUGACUUCAGAUGAACGUGUUUUCAGGUUCUGCUCAAAUAGCCUAGGUUAUUUCACUGCAGGGAUUUUUUAUUUCUAAAAUAUACAUUGCUGUUUUUAUAAAUAUUUUACCAAUCACUUAUUCUCCUCAUUAAGAUAUAUUUUUAGCUGCUAGUAAUAAAUAACUUUUUCAGUGAAGGAAUUACAAAAGACUAAUGUCUGUGGAAAGCAGUUGUGCCUUAUGAAAUACCAGCAAUAAAAUCUAUUCUCCUCAAGUAAAUGUGCUUAUUCUUGCUUUUCAGAGUAACUGAAUGGCUUUGAGUGAGUUAGUUACUCUCUGCUUAAUUUUCUUCUUUUGCUAACUUUGCAGGUGACACAUAUGGAUGGGACCAAAGGUUAUUUAAUUCCCACCUUUCAACCAAGUAUUUUAAAAUAAAAAGUAUAUUAAUUACCUGGUGUUUGGUAGAACCUGAAUAGAAUUGGUAUGCUUUAGUUCUUUCAAGUUUCCAUCAAGUCUGAAAUCCCAAUUUCUUGUUCUCUCCUUAAUGCUAAGGAUUCAGAGGCCUUUGGUUUGUUCUUUUCCGGUGUCUGCAGCUUUCCUCCAAGCCAAAUAUAUUUUAACUGUGGUGCCUGUCCAGUUGUCUCUGCACUUUGGUUUCAAACCUUGUGGUCUUUCUGUGCUGAGGUGGAUGAUCAGAACCAGAAGCACUGAGUUUGGUUUUUUUUUUUUCAGUAUCUUAGCACAGUAUGGUCCUGAUCUGGGGCUAGAGUUCCUAAAAGUAAGUGGUGAUGUGUACAUCAUUUUUAUUGCACAGCCUUUAUCUCUUACAAACAAAAAUGAAAUUCACUGUUCCCUGCCGUGUUGGGUACUUUUUUGAAAUGAUUGAUACUACAUUGGAGGAGGACUGAUUCACUUAGCAUGAUUGAUUUAAAAGCGUGGGCAAAUAUGGCUGCACUGCAAUGAUAUUUCUAAUGGGUAUAAUGUUAUUUUAAUUUCUCCAUUUCUCCUCCCUCUUCAGAAAUAACUGCUGACUAAAUAGCCAGAGUUUAUCCAUGCCUAGGAUAGAAUGUUGGUCAAGAAAGUCUAGAGUCUUGUACUCCCCUCUCAUGGCAAUUUCUUUUUGUAAGCCAGUUAGGCAUCUGCUAAGGGAAGCCUGAAAUCUAUUGGUAAAGGUUAGGAAUAGGAGUAAGAGGAACAGGAAUCUAUAUUCUGUCCCUAAUUAAGCCAUUAAUCCGAUGCUUAACCGUGGACAAAUCACUUAAUCUCACUUUUUCUUCAACUUCCCAUUCAGAGUAGUAUAAGUAUGGUAUUACUAUAGGUAAUGAUACCCAUCUCAGUGUUUGCCUCUCAGGUGAUAGACAAUAUUGCAGUGUUAAUAGCUAGGCACUUUGACAGAGGCGACUUUGAACUCACAGCUAUCACUGGAUUGUUGUAGGUGUGGAAAAUAUAUAAACUGUACAUUGAUUUCACCUGAUUCUUUUUAUAUAGAGUAAGGAUAAACUGGCUUUUGUGUAUCUCUUUUAUAAUAAUAUUAGUAACAAGUGAUUCUUCAGCAAAAACACGUUCACCAGUUUACAAUCCUUCUUUCAGUUACUCAGGGCUUACCUAUACAGAGAUACUUAAGUGAAUAUAUCUGAAUUAAUUUUUAAGUGGAUUACUCAAAUCAGAUUAAGAUUAUAGAUGGGGGACAAAUUCAGGACUGAAGUGGCCAUAGUGUGCUUGAGAAGUAAAACAAGUUAAGGCUGCUUUAGUUUUGAAUAUGAACUUCUACUGAACAGCUAAAUAAGAUUUAAAUAAAUUGUUUGAAUUAAUGCCCUCGUUUAUUUCAUUUCUCUUUGUUUCAUGUUUCUUUACAGAAAAUCAUUGUUUCCUUUGUCUGCGUGCUCCUUCUAAUUAGCUGUAUCCUAUUAGCAUAUCUUACAGAGGUUUUUGGUAGGAUAGUCAGGAAGAGAAAUUCUGGUCUUGCUUUUUGUUACAACGUUACACGUUACAACACGUUGUAACACAUUCUGCUUUUUCUGUUUUAUCCUAUAAUUUAACUAGAACUGGGAGUUUUAUAGCCAAGUCCAGGUAUUUGUUGUAGUUAGUCUGCUGUUAUCAAAAUUAGAUAUGCUACUGUUAAUGUAUUGUCCUUGCAGGAAUAAGAGAAGGAAGUACCAAUAGUAAGCAUGUGUAUCAUAGUACCUGUUUAUAAAUUUUUUGAUUAGUGAUGUCCUAAAGCCUUACUUUGCUUGUCUGCGUGGCAAAAUGAGCAUGAGAGGAGUGCUAUGCCGUAGACGGCUCUUGCUUCGAACUUAAUGACUGUUGCUGAAGGUGAGUAUUUCCGAUUGCCAUAUGCUUUCUUAACACUGAAAGUAGCAUAGAUAUGAAAAUAGCUUUAUCACAAGUAUUUGUUUUUUGUUCAAAGUUCUCAAAAUACAACUUCUAGUUUGUACGUAGGAGUCAUAAACCAAUUUCAGUACCUUUCUCUGAGUUCUUAGUAUCUUCCUAGAAGAUUUAAUCUUUUUUUUUUUUAAUUUAAGUCCUACAGGUGGUGGACUUCCUAAAAGGUUAUGAGUAUCAGCUGCUGCUCUUUACAGCCAUGACGUUCACCCAAGCCUUGUUUCUCUUGUAUCUGUAUUGGGGAUGAGGAAGUGUUCUGUAGUAACAGAUCAUCAUACUAGCUUUAUCUGCUCCUGUAUGACACAAUGUGUCCAUGAAUUAUAAAGAGUGCAUAGGUUAAGUAUGUUAAAUCUGUUUCAUCUAUUGUACAUGGUGCGCAUGUAUUAAAGCUAAAAUUCUUCUUCUAGAGCUUGGACUGAAUAACUUGCCUAGCUGCUAGGAAAACCUGGAAGAGGCAGGAGAAGUGGGAGCCCUCUACAGUUGGAUGAAGAGCUGUGGUUGCUGUUUUGUUCCAUGCUGCUGAAUGACCUUCACAGCAUCCACUUUUCUGGAUAGCAAGGGCUCCAAAAUGUUGAAUAAUGGCUGUUCUUCUACCAGGGUUUCACUUUCACCUCUCUCCUGCUUUUUUGGAGGGUGAGGAGGAGGAAAAACUGGGUCUCGUACCAUUGAAGAGCAUAUGCGUUUCAAUGCUGUCCACUGUGCUUGUAGUAUUCAGCAGUUCUGGAAUAAGAAUAUCCACCACUCUGCAAACGCUACCCGAUAGAAAAGACCUAUCUAAUGCUGAAGUGGCUCAGCUCAGCUAAAGAUGAUUCUGGGGAUCUUGGAAUGGAUCAAAGCAAGCCAUGAUACUUUGGGACAUCUUUGAGCAAUAAGGAGACAUCAGUUUGACCUCCUUGGUUCAUCUCAUGUUUGGCUAGCUGAGACCCAAGCCAGGAUUCAGCUUUUACCUAUAUUCAUUUAAGGAAACAGUAGGGACAGAAGGGCUCCAGAACCAGCCAGAUGAGUUGAGGACUUCUGGGCAUUGAAAUCCUAUGCUAGGAGAGAAACUUCUGGAAACAACUGGAUUCUUCCCUGCAGCAUAUGAGGAGAAGAGAACAACAUUGACACUUGAGAAGAAGCAGUUUCAAGGCAACGUGCAUUACAGAGAUGUCGGUAAUGAUGGCCUGCUGGAAACAGAAUGACUUCAGCAAUGCAGCUUGCGCUGAGGAGAUCCGG